CUGGUGACCCCCAAAUUUCCUGUGGUAGUAAAAAUAGGUCAUGCUCACCAAGGAGUAGGGAAAAUUAAAUGUGAAAAUCACUAUGACUACCAAGAUGUGGCUAGUGUGGUAGCUGUCACCAACUGUUACUCCACCACUGAGCCCUACAUAGACGGCAAAUAUGACAUCCAUGUACAGAAAAUAGGAAAUAAUUACAAGGCAUACAUGAGGAAGUCUAUCUCAGGUAACUGGAAAGCCAACACAGGUUCAGCCAUGCUGGAACAGAUUGCCAUGAAUGACAAGUUCAAACUAUGGGUGGAUGAAUGCAGCCAGUUAUUUGGAGGUUUGGACAUCCUAGCUGUGGAAGGAAUUCAGGGCAAAGAUGGGAAAGAAUACAUAAUUGAGGUGAAUGAUUCUUCCAUGAACCUGCUAGGUGAGUCCCAAGAGGAGGAUAGAAAACUCAUAGCUGACCUAGUUCUCCAAAAAUUGCAAAUUCAUUGUCGGCCAGUGAACAAUUCUGUGCAUCGAACCCCCAGCACCAGCGCCCUCUAUCAUUAUGCUAUCAAUGGGAAACCUGACGUCAGCCCGCCAAAGCCUAGCCCAGCGCAAGUGCCACAAUCUCUGCAACAGCAACAACACCAGCAACAACAAUCCAUGCAACAACAGCAACAAAUGCAGCAACAGCAACAGAUGCAGCAACAACAUCAGCCAAGACCCCCACCUCCACAGCCACCCCAGGGACAGGCACCCCACCCCCACCCCCAGGCCAUGGCUAACAACCAGAGACCCAAGAUGACAGAGGAAGAAGUACUCAGAGAUUUGGAAGACACCGACGACACCAUGAAGAAUCUAAGAAAAACCUUUGCUGGCAUAUUUGGAGAAAUGUAAUGUAAUUUUUACAUCUAAGUUAAUAUGUAAUCCAUUCAAUAUGUGUAUCUGUAUUAUGAAGCUGUAAAUAUCAUGUGACUUUAACAUAUAAAAUAAGGAUCAUACUGUAUAUCAAUACAGACAUAAAAAUUAUCGCUUGCAUAAACGUUAAUGUUUUAAGAUCAAUUGAUAAAUGUGAACUAAUUUGAAUAUAUUGUACAUAUUAAAGCAUAAAGAUUAUACAUAUAAAGGGAUAUGACAUAGUGAUAUAAUACUGAUGACCCAUUUUUGUCUAGAUUCCCAUAGUGUGUUUCAUAAACUCUGAAGUAUUGCAGUAUGCAUGCUUUAUUUAUGAAACUGUCGAGAGAGAGUAUUUUUCUCUGUUGGGUAAGGCUAAUGUCACUAGGAGCAAUGUAUCACUUUCUGUGAUGAUGAUAAAUGAUAACUGAAAGACAAAUUUCAUGAAGAGAAAAGUGAAAAUCAAAAAUAAUGAUGUCAUUUAGUCGAAGCUCU